UUAUUAUAGAUUGCUCUAGAUAAUGUCUGUUUUUACAGCCAAUCACAAUUGGAAAUAAACUUUGCCAGUGUGGAUUGGUUAGUUAACACAAAGCCGUUCUGUCAACAUAACCUUACAGUACGUGUUAUCGGCGUAAUUACAAUGUGACAUUGUAUAAAUUAAAUAGAACAUUAUUAUUGAAAUAACAAUAUAAAACUUCGUACGAAUUGAUUUAAAGUGAAUGAUUGAUAAACAAUGUCAAAUCAAAAAUUCAACAGUGGGUACGUGCUGCUUCGUGAAACUAUUAAAGAAAAAAACAAAAAGAAAGCUCGUUUUUUAAUACGAAAUAACGUUAGUGUUAAUGUACCUAAUACGAAAGGUAAUACCCCUCUUCAUUGGGCAAUUAUUAAAUUUGACGAUGUACAUAUUAUGACAAUGUUACUUGCUAAAGGAGCCAAUAUCAAUGCUACGAAUCAUCAUCGUCAAAAUCCACUUCAAGUUGCAAUUCAUUUUAACAAAACAGAAGCAGCACUGUUACUGAUUAAAAAAGGUGCACUGGUUAAAGAUAAUUUGAAUGAAUUAUUGCUGAUGGCUAUUGAACGUAAAAAUAAAAAAAUUGUUGAAAUGUUAAUACAUAAUGGGAUCGAACAGAAUUCAUUUAUUGAUUUGAAAAUUCCUCUGAACGCCGCUAUUUCUCACGGACAAUCAAAAAUAAUUCAACAAAUCAUACCUCAUUGUUGUUUUUCAAAACCAUCGGACAAAUAUAUUCCUAGAGAAGCUGUAACAAAGUCGGGUUCAUCGUAUCAAGCAUGUGUUAACCUACUACUUGAAUGGAACUUUACUGUAAAUCCAGACAGUAAACACGAUGAAGAUUUUAUCCAUGCUGCUGUAAAAAAAGGAUAUCUACCGAUUAUUUUGCAACUUUUAGAACUUGAGAUUGAUGUUAACUUGGUGAAUCCAAAAACAGGACUAAAUCUCCUGAAAGUAGCUUGUUUAUUUAAACGUCAUGAAAUUGUCGAAAUGUUGUUAGAACAUAAUGCUUAUGUGAACGAGACAACACCAACUAACACUGAUGUAUUGGAUAAAUUAUUAAGAAAAAAUCAGAAAUAUUCAUUCUCAUUAGUUCCUUACGUAAAAAUGUUGCGAAACAUAACGUGUUUACAUAUUGCUGUUUUAAAUUCUGAUCCGAAGAUGACUGAACUUUUAUUGGAGUAUGGUGCAAUGAUAAUCGAUGAUCCAACAUUCUUCAAUAUUACAUGCAUUGCUGUACGAAUGAAUUGUGAGGAAAUUGUUCGCAUAUUUUUGGGCCGUGUUAACGUAAACGACAUUGAUUCCGAGGGGAAAUCACUUCUACAUUUCUGUGUUUCCUUUCAAUAUUACAAAGAAGAUAAUAAAUUUAACAUAGCUAAAUUACUUCUAGAGAAAGGAGCAACCACUCACAUCCAAAAAUCCGGCAAUUCACUUCUUUAUGAAGCAAUAAAAAAUAGACAUCAAAAAAUAGCUCAAUUAUUUCUGGAAUAUAACGCUGAUAUUCAAUAUGUUAGUCCAGAAGGUACAAGCUUACUUCACAAGGCCAUAGAAAAUGAUUUUAAUCCAAAGUUUAUAGAAUCUUUGUUGAAACAUGAUUUUCCAGUUGAUGCUAUGAAUGGUAGCAAGCUUACACCUCUUCUUUUUGCUUGCAAAUAUCAUUUCAAAAAUCUAUCAGGGAUUGUUAAAGUCCUUUUAAACUACAAUGCAAAUGUGAAUUGCACUGAUGAAGAUAUGAUGACGGCUCUACACUUUGUCUGUCAAGAUCAAAAUUUAGAAGUUAUUUUAGCUUUGCUUGAAAAGGGAGCUAAUCCAAGUGCUAAAAACAACGAAGGUCAAACAGCUCUUCAUUUGGCUUGUAAAAGAAAGUUUUUCCCUGUAUUUUCAGAUUUCAAAAUCAAGUAUAACAAUGAUAAAAUCGCAAGCAUAAUACGAUUAUUACUGCAUCAUAAUGUAAAUAUUGAUGCUGUGGAUUCGAAGGGUUGGACUCCACUUUUUGUAGCCUGUGAAACAUAUCAUGAUGCAGCAGUUAAAUGCCUUCUCGAUUAUCAUGCCAAUGCUAAUCACACUGAUUUAGAAAAGUUGACUCCUUUAUACAUUGCAGUUCAAUACUCUGUGUAUCAUUGUAGAGUUGCAAAAAUUUUACUCGAACAUAAAGUUAAUGUUCAUUGUAUGGAUAAAUGUGGAAAUUCAAUCAUUCACAUUGCUGUUAAAAGCAACGCAUUGAAUCUGAUAGAAAGUCUUGCUAGAACACAAAUCAAUUUUAAUUCUAUUAACAAAGAUGGAAAUACGCCUCUUCAAAUUGCUGUCAAAGAACAUUCGGUUGAUAUGGUUAAAAAAUUAAUAAAAUACGGAGCUAAUAUAAAUAUUUUGGAUAAAAACAAGCGGACUCCUCUUCAAAAUGCUAUAAAGUACAUUUUUCAUUAUAACUAUGAACUGGCCAUCCUUUUUCUGUUACAUUGGUGUCAUAGUUCUCCGUUUACUGAUAAUAACUCUGAGAUUUACAUCAGUAACAUAAUCAAAUAUAAAGAAAUAGUUAGAGUUAUAAAAACUUAUGCAAUAAAAUUAAAGGUUGCUGGACUAAAAAUAAACUAUCAGAAUUUGAAGAUACUCAGCAAUUCUUUCAACGAUGAAUCUUCAGACGAGAGUGAUGUUUAUGAAGAUAACUUUGAUGAAGAAAAUCUUAAUCAACUUGAUAUUCAACAACUUGAAUUAAGAUGCGAGCAAGAAAUAGAACAGAUGAAAAUGAAUAAACUUGGUGUUAAUAAAAUGACUUUUUAUGAUUUGCUGACCAAAAAUAUUCAUUUUCUAUGCAAAUUUGUUAGAAAUAAAAUAAUUAGACAAAUAUUAGAAUCUGAAGUCUAUGAUGAAAAGUUUCCAUUGUAUAUAGACAUUGUUCGAAGUCGUUUUCGAGAUGCUAAAUUCAGAUACAGAAUGAUGAACUCUGCUAGUAAAUACUUUACUGCAAAUAUUACUAAACGAUUACCUGAUAAUUGCGUAGAUACAGUGUUUAGUUAUUUAAACAUUAAAGAUAUAAAAAUGUUUAUUAGGGCUAUAAAAUACAAUUUGAAAAAAGACAAUUUAAACAUGAUGGUAAAUAAUGGAUAUGUCUCUAAUACAAGAGGUAAUAGUCCUCUUCAUUGUGCAGUUAUUGAGUUUGAGAGUUUACAUGUCAUAGAAAUAUUACUAAAAGGAGGAGCUAAUAUUCAUGCUAAGAAUUAUCAUAAUUAUAAACCCCUUGAUCUCUCCAUUCAGAAUAAUAAUACUCAAGCUGCACUAUUACUAAUCAGAAGAGGAGCCCUAGCUGGUGAAGAUUUAAAUCAAUUAUUGCUUACAGCCAUGGAACUACAAAAUGUUACAAUUUUUAAAGCACUGAUAGAUCACGGAAUCAAGUUUAAUCCAUUAAUUGAUUUGAAAAUUCCUCUCAACGUCGCCAUUUCUCAGGGACAAUCGAAAGUUAUUCAACAUAUUUUACCUCACUUCCAAUUUUUUAAACCAUCUGAUCAAUAUAUUCCGAAAGAGGCUGUCACAAGAUCUGGCCCACAAUAUGAAGAAUGUGUUCAGUUAUUGCUAAAAUGGAAUUUUAUCGUUAGUCCAGAUAGUAAUAACGACAAGGAUUUUGUUUUUGGAUCUGUUAAAAACGGUUAUCUACCAAUUUUUACACAAUUAUUGAAGGUCGGAAUUGAUGUUAAUAUGAUAGAUUCAAAUACUGGAAUAAAUCUUUUGAAAAUUGCCUGCUUAUAUAAACAUCAUGAGAUUGUUGAACUUCUAUUGAAGCAAAAUGCUAGUAUAAAUGUAAAAACAUCUACUAAUAUUAAGAUAUUAAAUCAAAAAGAACAUUACAGAUCUAAUUAUUUAAUUUCGUCAAUUCAUGAGAUAAAUAAUUUACGUGAUAUAACAUGCUUGCACAUUGCUGUUUUAAAUUCUGAUGCGAAGAUGACCAAACUUUUAUUGAAUUAUGGUGCAAAGAUAGUAGAUGAUCCAAUAUUUUUCAACAUCACCAGGAUUGCUGUUUUACGUAAUUGUGAAGAAAUCGUUCGUAUGUUUCUGAAUUAUGGUCUGAAUGUGAACACUAUCGAUCGUCGAGGAAGAACUCUUUUACAUCGUUGUAUUCAUUUCGAUUUUACCAGAAAAGAUUAUAGAUUUAAUAUAGUUAAAUUACUUCUAGAGAAAGGAGCAAUCACUCACAUUCAAACUCCUCACAAUACAUUUCUUUUUGAAGCGAUAAAAAAUAGACAUCAUAAAAUAGCUCGAUUACUUCUGGAUUAUAAUGCUGAUAUUCAAUAUGUGAGUCGACGUGGUGAUACUGUACUUCAUAAAGCCAUAGAGAGUCAAGUUGAUGUUGAAUUUAUAGCAACUUUGUUAAAACUCAAUUUACCAGUCAAUGCCACAAACAAAAAUCUGUAUACACCACUCCAUAUUGCUUGCAGAUUUAACUUUGAUAACACACCAAAGACUAAAGAACACAUUAAGCUACUUUUAGGCUACAAUGCAAAUAUAAAUUGUACUGAUAGUCAUUUGAUGACGCCUUUACACUAUGCAUGUUAUCUCCAUAAACUAGAAAUUGUUGCUCUUUUGCUUGAAAAUGGAGCAAAUCCUAAUGCUAAAAGUGAGAAAGGUCAAACACCUCUUCAUAUAGUUUCUGAACAGAAAUAUGAAUUUAAUGAAGGGAUUGCAUGGAAGCGCUUCAAUGAUAAGACCCCAAACAUCAUCGAAUUAUUGUUAAAAUAUAAUGCAGAUACUGAAGCGGUGGAUAUAAAUGGCUGGACUCCACUCAUUUUAGCAUGCAAAACAGGACAUAAUAAAGCAAUUGAACUUCUCUUGAAAAAAGCUAAUGUUCAUUGUAUGGAUAAGCAAAGAAACUCAGUAGCUCAUAUUAUUGUUGAUGAAGAAAAUGAGGAAUUUAUUAAAAAUCUUGCUCAUACGCAAGUAAAUUUGAAUUGUGUUAAUCGGGAAGGAAAUACUCCUCUUCAUAUCGCUGUUCAAAAAAAAUCUGUAAAGAUGACUGAGAGCCUAAUAAAGUGUGGUGCAAACGUUAACAUAGUGGAUAAGAGGAAACGAACUCCCCUGCGCAAUGCUAUAGAAUAUAUGUUUCAUUAUCAACGUAAACUGGAUAAUGUGACUAAUGACUCUUCUUUUAAUUCGAGAGAUAGAUCUUGGGAUUACUCUGAUUAUUCAGAUUAUGAAGAUGAUGAUAAUUAUUUUAGUGAUGAUGAUGUUGAAAUACAUCGAUCUCUUGUAUGUAAAGUAAAAAAAUAUCAAAAAAUUAUAACACUCUUGAAAACACAUAUUAUUAAAUUAAAGAAUGCUGGAUUAAAAGUUAAUAAUCAAAACUGGAAACUAGUGUAUAAUUUUAAUGACAAUCGAACAAAUGAUGAUAGUUCUACUGAUGAAGAACGGUUUUUUAAUGAAGGUAAUGUUAUUCAUGAAGAUGUCGAGGUAAUUAAUAAUCCUCUAAUUCAGUUUUUACGAGUUACAGUUAAAUGUCAGCGAGAAAUUGAACUAAUAAAGAUGGAGAAUAUUGGUGUAAAUAACAUGACCUUUCAAGACUUGUUGACAAUAAAUAUUCAUCGUUUAAGUAGAUUUGUCAAAAAUAAAAAAAUUAGACAAACAUUAGAACUGGAAGUGUACGAUGAAAAGUUUCCACUGUAUAUAGAUAUUAUCAGGGGCCGUUUUCGAGAUGCCAAAUUCAGAUGUAGAAUGAUGAACUCUGCCAAAAAGUACUUCUCUUCAAAUAUCACUCAACGAUUAUCUGAUGAUUGUAUUGAUUUAGUAUUUAGUUACCUAAAUAUCAAAGACUUAAAAAUGUUCAUCAGAGCUUUUAAACCAUUGAAUUGAUAAUUAUACUUCAAGAAUAUCAUAACAUUUAGAUUGAUAAUGAUUUUCAUUGUAAGAAAGAGUGAUUCGUUUAAUAUUGAAGGUUUUAUAAAUUUAUUUAAGCUAUAUGUUUAUAACUGUGUGUUUAUUACAUAUUUUAAAAGUUUUCACAAAUUGAAUAUCAUUUAAUAAUUUAAAUAUAAUUCACAUAUGUUCUAAAAUACACUUUACAUCGACAUUAUCAGGGGCCGGUUUCGUGAUACGAAUUUCAGAUAUAAAAUGUUUAAUUCUGCUAUAAUAUUCCAGUUCUGCUAUAAUAUUCCAGUUUAAAUGUGUGCCACCGAUUAUCUGAUGAUUGUAUUAAUACAGUGUUUAGUUAUUUGAACAUAAAAGACUUGGAGAUGUUUAUUAAAGCUUUGAAACCACUUAA